CUUAACUCCUUUUGUGGAAGGUGUGGUCCAUCUUAGCUCAGGUUUCUCAAAAUCAUAAAUCAUUAGCUCAGCCGAGCUCAGGGUCAUGAAUCACGACGAUUCAGUCCAAGGACAACGUGGAUUUCGGUCAACAUUUCGCUCACUGUCUGUGCGCUCUCCUUCAGCUAAUUGUCCAGCUCACGUGUAGCAGACAGAGGGCCUAUAGGAUUCCAGUUUUUAUCUUGAGAAAACGAUAUCUAUGUCCUCGGUCCACACAGGUGGGAAGUGGGGAGAUUCCACAUUUGAUCGCGGGGUUCUAAACUGAGACAGUCUUUGCGGCAGGAAAAUCUGAAGAACAAAACAGUCCAAUUGUUGCCUGUAUUACUUUAAUUUAGCCAUUGUUGUAGAGGACGGGCAGCACCACCUCAAAAAUGUCCAACCAUAACAGAAUUCUUAUAAAAGGAGGAAAAAUCGUAAACGAGGAUUUCUCAGUGAUCAGCGAUGUGUACAUAGAAGACGGGAAGAUUAUUGAAAUUGGACACAACCUCCAGAUCCCUUCGGAAGUCAGAGUCAUAGAUGCAACGGACAAACUCGUGAUCCCAGGUGGGAUUGACACCCAUACUCACAUGGAGUUAGAAUUCAUGGGUACCAAAGCUGUGGAUGACUUCCACAUUGGUACUAAGGCGGCUCUCGCAGGAGGGACGACCAUGAUCCUGGACUUUGUCAUCCCACAGAGAGGCUCGUCUCUCCUGCAGGCAUACGAUAGGUGGAGAACGAUGGCCGACCCCAAAGUCUGCUGUGACUACUCUCUGCAUGUGGCCGUCACCUGGUGGAGCGACACGGUCCAGUCAGAGAUGGCUACCCUGGCCCAAAAGAAGGGAGUCAACUCCUUCAAGAUGUUCAUGGCCUAUAAAGAUGUGUUUAUGCUGAGAGAUGAUGAGCUCUACGCUGCUUUCUCCAUGUGCAAGGAGAUCGGGGCCAUAGCGCAGGUCCAUGCUGAGAACGGAGACCUGAUUGCAGAAGGGGCCAGGAAGAUGCUGUCGCUGGGCAUCACGGGGCCCGAGGGCCACGAGCUGUGUCGACCUGAGGAGGUGGAGGCCGAAGCCACCCAGAGAGCCAUCACCAUCGCCCACGCUGUCAACUGCCCUCUCUACGUGGUCCACGUUAUGAGCAAGUCUGCAGCCAAGGUGGUGUCCAACGCACGCAGAGCAGGAAGAGUGGUGUUCGGGGAGCCCAUCGCUGCUGGCCUUGGCACAGAUGGCACUCACUACUGGCAUAAGGACUGGGCCCACGCUGCCAGCUUUGUGAUGGGGCCUCCUCUGAGACCCGACCCCAGCACCCCGGGGUACCUCAUGGACCUGCUGGCCAAUGACGACCUGAGUGUGACGGGGACGGACAACUGUACCUUCUCCAGGUGCCAGAAGGCCCUGGGGAAGGACAACUUCACCAAGAUCCCCAACGGGGUCAACGGAGUAGAGGACAGGAUGUCCGUCAUCUGGGAGAAGGGAGUGCAUAGUGGGAAAAUGGAUGAAAAUCGAUUUGUUGCAGUCACCAGCACCAACGCAGCAAAAAUCUUCAACAUCUACCCCCAGAAAGGUUGCAUCGCCAGGGGCUCGGACGCUGAUGUGGUCAUCUGGGACCCCAGAUUAACCAGGAAGAUCUCAGCAGAGACCCACCACCAGGCGGUGGACUACAACAUCUUCGAGGGCAUGGAGUGCCAUGGCGUGCCCGUGAUGACCAUCUCCCAGGGGAAGGUUGUGUAUGAGGACGGCACCCUGCACGUCACCGCAGGCGCAGGCAGAUUCAUCCCACGCCAGCCUUUCUCCCAGUUCGUCUACAAGCGCGUCGACCAGAGGGACCAGGUUGGUAAGCCGUGUGCUGUGGUAAGGAAACCAUAUGAAGGUGAAGUCAUAGUUAUAUGAUGGAACUUAAGUACCAAUUGAAGGAGGAAUCCCUCUAAAGGGAUUCAGAAAUGCCAAUAUCCUGAAUGAUCCUGAAUGUACCUGAAUGUACGUGCCAUGCAAACCAGACCAACAAAAUAAUUUUAAAAUAAUGUACAAUUUAAAUUGUAAUGGUGCUGUUCUAUUUUUGCAAUGUGGCCAAAUGAUUGAAUGGUCCUAUUGUUUACAUUAUAUGAAUUCUCAAGACUUUUAAGACAAAAUUAAUGUAUCAUUUUGUUAAAAAUUGAACCCUAUACUGUCAACCCACAAUGCAUAUUUUAUUAAAUACCAACCAUGAG